UACUGGUCAAAGCUGUCCGGAUUGACUAGCAGGUCACCGACUUGGGCUUGGAAUUCUUGGUCCGACACGCAUUCGCCCACACGGAACGCACCGACGCACGCGCACUGGCGGACGGACCCACGGACGCAAUCGAUCCGUUUCUCUCGGCUCGUCUCUCACCUCCCUGGUCUUCGGCAUGGCCGCCUGAGGCUUGAUCCGCCACCGACAUUCGCACAGCUCCAUGGGCUGGUUGGAACAAUUGAUUUCCACCGUCUCGACGACCAACGCAGUCGCCCGCCUCGGCCGUCUUUCAUCCACCUCGGCGGCCCCAAUCGACCAAAUCGACGGGCGCGGAGAGGGUUGCUAAAUCGCCCGCCAUGGCAUCGCUACGGGCUGCCCUGGUAUGGGCAACCGUCGCCGCCGUCCUCUCGCCCGUGGCCUGGGCCCAAGCGGCCACGCCCACUGGGCCGUCGAUUCCUAUGGUUUAUUGUGCAACCGUAAACACGGCCGACAUGGUUGCCCUCGAAAGUAACUUCCAGAGCGACGGCCGCUGCUUCGGCAACUGCACCACCCUGAAAUACGCCCUCGCCAUCGUCCAAGACCACAACUGCUGGUGCUCCAACCUCAUCCCCAACAAGGCCGACCGGAAGGACCUCAGCGAUUGUGAAAACCCUUGUCCGGGUUAUCCUACAGACUACUGCGGCGGAGAUGGCCUCUUUGGCUACAUGAGCGUCUCGGGCUUCACUGCUACGGGGACUGCUCCCGCAGGCUAUUCCGCCACGCCAGACAGCUCCAGCAGCACGGCUCAGCCCACGGUUCCCGUGACGCUGUCAGGCUCCUCAUCCUCUUCUACUUCUUCUUUUACGGCCUCGUCCACUUCCAGCGACACCUCAACGGCGGCUGUUCAGACCGUUACGAUUGGCGGCACCGUCAAAACUGUCACAGCUACGCUCGAUCCUACCAGCACCAACGACGCUGCCGCUGUACAGAACUCACGGAGCGGCCUCCAGACCGGCGCCAUCGUCGGCAUUGUCAUUGGCGUUGUCGGCGGUUUGGCGGUCAUAACAGCGUGCCUCUGGCUGUGGUUUUCCAAACGGAGGCGGCAGAACGAAUAUGACGACCCAGGUCUCGGGUCCCCCGCGCGGACGGGCAGCUCCCCUGGCGCCAUGGGGACUCCUAAGCCGGUCGAAACCGGCGAGAACCGGUACGCGGCAGCGGGUGGGGGGUGGGACGCGUCCGCGAGACGACGCAGUCACCUCAUGCCGGUCGACCCCCGCCUCGAUCCCUUCGCGAAGGGCAUCUACACCGGCGACCGGAACCGGAGUCGCGAGAGCAUCGACUCUCUGCAGGAUAACCAGGACUACUCGAGACGAGUGCUCGAUCCGCCCAGGGUGUUGAGGGCCACGAACCCGGAUCCCGAUGACGACUGAAACCAGUCCACGGGAGCGUUCUAUCUUCAAACCGUGAAGCAAUGGAUCAGUGUUCCUCGCGACGAUACACCAUAACCUCUUUUCUACUCUCUCUCUCUCUCGGGCAUACAUGAUCCGCAUCACGCAAGACUUGUUUCGAUUCCGCAUUUGCAUUUCCAAAGAUACCACGGCGUUUAGGGAGCAAGGGGUGGACAUAGCAUUUGCAGGUCCUAUUUUCGGGGCGGAAUCGUGGUACUGGCUCGCCGAGCCAAGGGAUCAAAAAGAAGUGGGAAUCACUAUUUGGAUUAAGAGUCUUGUCCUUGCUGUCUUCGCCCGGUGUCGCACUGCCGUAAUGCCUCGGGUCUCAACGUCGUCCUGGCGAGCCACGGUUUACAACGGGCUGUGAAAUCAGCACGGACAACGGGCUGUGAUAUCUGUACGGGGGGC